GCGUCCAGUUCAGAUGCUGCGGCGGGCGAUCGUCGACAACGGUCCGAAAUUCGAAUGCUUUUCCCACCGGGCGCCCUUUCGACGACGCCAGUCUCAUUGGAGAAGAUCGUCGUUUUCUUCGAUCGUCGUCACGCCUCCCACAUUGGAGCAGAGAACUUUCACCGAUCUUUCUUGUGUCGACGGGCUUGUUCGUUGAAGGGUCGACCGCCGACGUCACAGUGCAGCCCUUCGAACGGCCCUCACAUGGCCGACCUGCUGCACAGGCUGCCUCUGCUGGUCCUGGUCGUCGUGCUGCUUCUCGUCGUUGUCUUCUUCCACGUGUGUUUCGUUGGCCUCGUCCCGAUCGCGGCGCGCAGAAGGAGAUCUUCGAAGAAAGCCGACAGGAUGGAUCGACGACUGGGCAACGGCAGACUGGUAGGCACAACCUCCGGAGGGAGCAAUCGGCAACACAGUGCGGGGUCUGUGGCGAAGCGGCUGUACGACCCGAGGUCGUAUGCACACCUGCCUUCUCACGAGAUUCCUCUGCCGCCGUCGGAUGAUGAGGGGGGAGACGCCAGGUCGUCGACUUUGCCGUUGGGAAGUGGGUCGACGCAGGAAUGGGCGGCGACGCAGUCGUGCGGAGGCGGGCGGGUGGAGACCCCGUGGUCUUACACGUCACUAUUGAACGAGGAGCUGUGCGACGACGACGGCAAUGCAGCGGUUGAUCUCAGCUUCCAGUUGUCCAGCAGUAGCAGAUUAGCGGUAACGCACACUCGGAUCAUCAAUCCCCACCCGGGUGUGGAUUGCGCGGACAACACGCACGGUGGUAGCAGCGGGCCUCGAGACGGCGGUCUGCCUCAAUCGCUUCGUGAACGUGGUGGUAAUCGGAAUGAGUCGACGUCGAUCGUCGGCGGAGGAGUCGGUGCGCGUGAACGUCCGGAGUGGAUGCAGUUGUCACCUGCGUCGCGAAGCGGAUCCGGCGCUCCUUCUGCACGGCAGCGGCCGGAGGUUUUGCGUGAGGAAGGUGCGGACGUACAGCGCGACGGCAGGCAGCUGUGGGCAGAGUGCAGGCAGGCCUUGGAACGGAGACAAUCACAAGAGGGGUGCAACGGCUCCACGAGGACAAAGGGGACGAAGCUGCUGCUGAGGAGGCCCAGGGGUGUGACGACGUUGACGGUGACGACGAUUGCAACUCCAACGAUUUGUCGGACAUUAGGCCGCUGGGGAGGAAGGCGACGAAGGGUGGAGCGACUGCGAGGAAGGGUCCCGCUGCAAAAAGUCGACGGAGCAAGAAAAUGGAUGACGACACGGGCCGAAGCGAUGGCGAGGGCGGCCGAAAUUUCUGGUCGGUGUGAGACACGAUCGCACUCUUUCGCCUGCAUGAAAACGAGGGAGUGGAAGUGGGAGGACGUGCGGGCGAGGUUGCAGUCGAUGGGCGUGACGAGGGAUGUCGUCGACUGCGGGAAGAAAUGGGACAACUUGAUGCAACAAUUCAAGAAGGUCCACAAGUUCCAGAACCUCUCCGACGGGAAAGACUACUUCAAGAUUGCAUCGAAGGACAGGCGGUCGCAGGGCUUCAGCUUCGUCAUGGACCGGACGGUGUACGACGGAAUGGAGGCCAUGACGAAAGGGGAUCACACGAUCCACCCGAAAAAUUUGGCGAACACGGGGGCGACCGGUGGGGUUCAGAUGCCGGCAGGCGCGGGGGCUGCAGCGGACACCAUGGCCACAGAGGGUGGAGGGGACGCAGCCGAUGAGGAGCAGGGGUCGACGAAAGACUCCACAUUCAGCGCGGGGAGCGGCGGCGGUUAUGGGAAGAGGAAGAACAUGCAGCAACAAACCUUUGAGGCCGUUGCCGACGUCAUGGAAAAACAUGGUGCGCUUAUGGCGAGCACAAUGGACAGCGCGAGCAAGCGGCAAUGCUCGAUGAUGUCACGUCAGUGCGAAAUCCUGGAGAGCGAAGUCGAAGUGCAGAGGAAACUUUAUGCUGCGGCGGAUGAGGCGAACAGAAGGAUGUGCCAAGCCCUGAUGGAGAUAGCAAAAACCAUCCGCGAGAGAUCAUGAACGAUGCUGCCAGUAAUGUCCACCGUUGCUUUCCUGGCCUGUCUCUCCUGUUGUUGCGCCUGAGGAGAUGGCGAC